GCUCCCUCCCGGCCAACAGCGCUCCGGAGCUUCGCCCCAGCCGCUGGCUAAGCUUCCCGCGCCCCUCCGCUCACCGCUCCGCUCGUCGGGAUACGCGCCCCGACGGCGUCCCCAGCUCCCUGCACUCGCCGUGCCCACUGCUUCCCACUGUCCUCCCUGUCCCUUCCAGUCCCACGAAGGGAGUGGGCCCGGCCAGGGCACAGUCUUCGAGAUACGAUGUUCACAUCCAAGUCCAACUCCGUGUCGCCAUCGCCGUCCCUGGAGCAGGCGGACGCGGACGCGCUGGACAUCAGCACCAAAGUGCAGCUCUACGGGGUUCUGUGGAAGCGGCCGUUCGGGAGAUCGUCGGCCAAGUGGUCCCGGCGGUUUUUCAUCAUCAAAGAAAGCUUUCUGCUUUACUACUCUGAGAGUGAGAGAAAGAGCUUUGAAACCAAUAAAUACUUCAAUAUUCAUCCUAAGGGUGUCAUCCCACUGGGUGGCUGCCUGGUGGAGGCCAGAGAAGAGCCCAGUAUGCCCUAUGCCAUGAAGAUCUCACACCAGGACUUCCAUGGGAAUGUCUUGUUGGCUGCCGAGUCUGAGUUUGAGCAGACACAAUGGCUGGAGAUGUUGCAGGAGUCUGGGAAGGUGACCUGGAAAAAUGCCCAGCUAGGGGAAGCUAUGAUCAAAAGCCUGGAGGCGCAGGGGCUGCAGCUGGCUAAGGAGAAGCAGGAGUAUUUAGACAAGCUGAUGGAGGAGACAGAAGAACUGUGCCUUCAGAGGGAACAGAGAGAGGAGCUUGAGCGCCUGAACCAAGUGCUGGAGGCUGAGAAACAGCAGUUUGAGGAGGUGGUGCAAGAGCUGAGAGUGGAGCAGGAGCAGAUCAAGAGGGAGCUAGAACUCACUGCAAGAUGCCUCAAGGGUGUGGAACAAGAGAAGAAGGAGCUGAGGAACCUCACAGAAUCCUUACAGCAUACACUGGAGGAACUCUCCAUAGAGAAGAAGAAAACCUUAGAGAUGCUGGAGGAAGAUAAGAACCAGCCACAGCCCUUGACCAACCAGAGUGAGCAGCCACUGGCCAGUGAUGGUCUCCAUAGCAACCUUAGGCAGAUCGAAGAGCGGAUGCAGGAGCUAUUGGCAGAGAAGCUUCUGGCUGAGAAGCGGAUGAAGGAGAAUGAGGAACGCUCUCGGGCUCUGGAGGAGGAACGGGAAUUCUACUCAAGCCAGUCCCAAGCUCUGCAGAACUCGCUGCAGGAGCUCACUGCAGAGAAGCAGCAGGCGGAGCGGGAACUCAAGGCUGAAGUGAAAGUACGCAUGGACCUUGAGAGGCGGCUUCGGGAGGCAGAGGCGGCCUUGCGGAGCCUGGAACAAGGUCUCAAUUCCAAGGUUCGGAACAAGGAGAAGGAAGAGCGGAUGCGGGCGGACGUGAGCCACCUGAAAAGGUUCUUCGAGGAGUGCAUCCGGAAUGCAGAGCUAGAGGCCAAGAUGCCGGUCAUCAUGAAGAACUCCGUGUACAUCCAUAAGGCGGCCACUCGCCGCAUCAAAAGCUGCCGGUUCCACCGCCGCCGGUCCAGUACUUCCUGGAAUGACAUGAAGCCAUCCCAGUCCUUCAUGACCUCCCAGCUAGAAGCCAACAACAUAGAGGAGCUGAAGGAGGUGGCCAAGCGGCUAAGCAGAGACCAGCGCUUCCGGGAAUCCAUCUAUCACAUCAUGGCUACCCAGCCUGGGGCCUCUGCACUUCCCCGGGGAGGAAAGUAAUGGGAACUCCUCCUCCCGCCUCCUAUCUUUCCUUGGUGGGGCAGCAGGGAGGUCUGACUCCCCUGGGUCUUCUCCAUCAGAGCACUGCUGGGAGGGGGGCACCCUCAUUCUCGAAGGAGGCGAUACCCCCUCUGCCUCACCCGGAGCCCUGAUCUUGGAGGUCAGAAGAGAAUAUUGGGUUCCCUAGAACUAGAGUCCUGGAUGGUUGUGAGCUACCACGUGGGUGCUGGGAAUCAAACCUGGGUCCUCUGCAAGAGCAACAAGUGCUCUUAACCAUCUCUCCAGACCCGAGCCCUGACCUUGGGUCUACCCUAGGUGGGGUGGGUCCACACUGGGUACUACCUAGUUGCCGUGAUGAGGCCUGGCUCUGUGUGGUAUAUCUGUUGGUCAAGAAGAGAAGUUGUCUAUUCCAUGAGGACUGAAAAGUUCCUCUGGUACCCACCGUACCCCUCGGUGACUCUACUGUGCUGACCCUGGUCACAUAACACCCCCUAACUCUCUCUUCAUUCCUGAUCCUCCAAUACAACAUUUGUCCAUGCCCUGCACUUAUUCCAUGUUCUUGGAGAGGGAAGAGGAGGCCCUAAGACAUAACCCCAGGUUCACAGCACCCCACACCCUCUCUGCAGUAUUCCUGGGGGCUGCCCUGGCUGUAAGGCCACCCAGGCCUCCUAUUCACAAAUGGGUUUCUCCAUAUAUAGCUCCAGCAACCUGCUGGAAGGUGCGGGAGAAGUGUGGGAUCCCACUUGGUUCUUUUUUUUGAGAGUCCUUGACCCCAGGGUUUCCCAAAGUCCGCACAGCCAGAUCUGGAAGAAGCUUUUGUGUUAUCCACAGUUAGGCAGAGCUAUAGCUGCCUCGGUCUGUUGUGACCCUGCUGCCCUGAGAGCACAGAGGUCUGUCUCUCUCCCAGCUGGCUCACCUUGCUGCCUCCUCUCCCUGCAGCGGCCUCACUCAGUGAACCAAUGCAGCCAGGAACCCACCACAUGGGAACAUGGGCCUGUGGGGAACUAGUAGCCAUUGUUUGGUGGAGCAUUGUCAGACUGACACUGUAACACCAGCCUGCGGGUUUUAUGGAAGACCACUACCCUUCAGGAGGCCACGGACUGAGUGAGGCAUGUGCUCCUCAUCUGUGACAGUCUUUUGGGGCUCAUCCCUCAGAAGCUGCCUGAGUCUAUCAGUCUCACCAAACAAGACUUGGGGAGGAGGCAGAGAUGGUUAAGUGGUUGUUAAGAGCGCUUGUUUCUCUCUUUUGGGGAACCCAGACUUGGUUUCCAGCACCCACAUGGUAGCUCAAAACCAGCCAUAUGUGACUUCAUUUGCCAGGAGAUCCAACAUCUUCUACUGACCUUCACAGGCACCGGGCACUCACAUGGUACAUGUACAUACAUGCAGACAAAACAUCCAUACACAUAAAUCUUAAAAAACAAAACCAAAAACCUUUAAAAGGGGGCAGGGUGCUAAGACAGUGCUAGAUCAAAGGCAUCCAUUUUCUGUCCAGAAGACUGAAGUGUCUUGAGGAAGGGACAGAAGUAGCCCUGUGGAAGAACCCUUGUCAAGAUCUGAGCUGCCCUCUUCUCCGUGGUCCCUUCUUGGUGAGGGUGGUCUUAGGUAGGGUGUUUUGGAAUCAGUGCGUCCAAAUGUAAAUAUAAAGCUAUAAAUGUGUAUAAACCUGCAUAAACCCAGAGCUUGUCUGCAAAAUAUGAAUGUGGAAUGGACUUUGAAAUGAAGAGGUAUAAAACCAGA